GUGACUGCGCCUGUGCAAUAGGCUGUGCGGGCGGGGGACUGCAUCUCCCAGCAGGCCGUGUGGCAUUUUUUUUCAUCCCCUCGUGACGAGUGAUAUCCGGCGUGGAGGGGCAGGGCCGUGUGCGUGGCCCAGCCAGCAGCUGAAGCCGGGAGGGGAGCGGUCGGUGGCCCGUGGGCGCCAGCCGCCAUGGAAGCUGUACCCCGCAUGCCCAUGAUCUGGCUGGACCUGAAGGAGGCCGGUGACUUCCAAUUCCAGCCAGCGGUGAAGAAGUUUGUCCUGAAGAAUUAUGGAGAGAACCCAGAAGCCUACAAUGAGGAAUUGAAGAAGCUGGAGUUGCUCAGACAGAAUGCUGUCCGUGUACCCCGAGACUUUGAGGGCUGCAGUGUCCUUCGCAAAUACCUUGGCCAGCUCCACUACCUGCAGAGUCGAGUCCCUAUGGGCUCAGGCCAGGAGGCUGCCAUCCCUGUCACUUGGACUGAGAUCUUCUCAGGCAAGUCUGUGGCUCAUGAGGACAUCAAGUACGAGCAGGCCUGUAUUCUCUACAACCUUGGGGCACUGCACUCCAUGCUGGGGGCCAUGGACAAGCGGGUGUCUGAAGAGGGCAUGAAGGUCUCCUGUACCCACUUCCAGUGUGCAGCGGGCGCCUUCACCUACCUACGUGAGCACUUCCCUCAGGCCUACAGUGUCGACAUGAGCCGCCAGAUCCUCACUCUCAAUGUUAACCUCAUGCUGGGCCAGGCUCAGGAGUGCCUUCUGGAGAAGUCAAUGUUGGACAACAGGAAGAGCUUUCUAGUGGCCCGCAUCAGUGCACAGGUAGUAGAUUAUUAUAAGGAAGCGUGCCGGGCCUUGGAGAACCCAGACACGGCCUCGCUGCUGGGUCGCAUCCAGAAGGACUGGAAGAAGCUUGUGCAGAUGAAAAUCUACUACUUUGCAGCUGUGGCUCAUCUGCAUAUGGGAAAGCAGGCCGAGGAGCAGCAGAAGUUUGGAGAGCGAGUUGCAUACUUUCAGAGUGCCCUGGACAAGCUCACUGAAGCCAUCAAGUUGGCCAAGGGACAGCCUGAUACAGUGCAAGAUGCACUUCGCUUCACUAUGGAUGUCAUUGGGGGAAAAUACAAUUCUGCCAAGAAGGACAAUGACUUCAUCUACCAUGAAGCUGUCCCAGCACUAGAUACCCUUCAGCCUGUCAAAGGAGCCCCCUUGGUGAAACCCUUGCCAGUGAAUCCCACAGACCCAGCGGUUACAGGCCCCGACAUCUUCGCCAAACUGGUACCCAUGGCUGCCCAUGAGGCCUCAUCACUGUAUAGUGAGGAGAAGGCCAAACUGCUUCGGGAGAUGAUGGCCAAGAUUGAGGACAAGAAUGAGGUCUUAGACCAGUUCAUGGAUUCAAUGCAGCUGGAUCCUGAGACAGUGGACAACCUUGAUGCGUACAGCCACAUCCCACCCCAGCUCAUGGAGAAGUGUGCAGCUCUCAGUGUGCGGCCAGACACUGUCAGGAACCUCGUCCAGUCCAUGCAAGUGCUGUCAGGUGUGUUCACGGAUGUGGAGGCCUCCUUGAAGGACAUCAGGGACCUGCUGGAGGAGGAUGAGCUGCUAGAGCAGAAGUUCCAGGAAGCACUGGGCCAAGCAGGAGCCAGCCUAGCUGUCUCCAAGGCUGAGCUGGCAGAGGUGAGGCGAGAAUGGGCCAAAUACAUGGAAGUCCAUGAGAAGGCCUCCUUCACCAACAGUGAGUUGCACCGUGCCAUGAAUCUGCACGUGGGCAACCUACGGCUGCUCAGUGGGCCACUAGAUCAGGUCCGGGCUGCCCUGCCCACCCCAGCUCUCACCCCAGAGGACAAGGCUGUGCUGCAGAACCUGAAGCGCAUCCUGGCUAAAGUGCAGGAGAUGCGGGACCAACGUGUGUCCCUGGAGCAGCAGCUGCGUGAGCUUAUCCAGAAGGAUGAUAUCACUGCCUCACUGGUUACUACAGACCACUCAGAGAUGAAGAAGCUCUUUGAGGAACAGCUGAAGAAGUACGACCAGCUGAGGGUAUACCUGGAACAGAACCUGGCUGCCCAAGACAAUGUCCUCCGUGCAUUGACAGAGGCUAAUGUACAGUAUGCGGCUGUGCGACGCGUGCUAAGCGACCUGGACCAAAAGUGGAACUCCACGCUACAGACGCUAGUGGCUUCAUAUGAAGCCUAUGAGGACUUGAUGAAGAAGUCCCAGGAGGGCAAGGACUUUUAUGCAGACCUGGAGAGCAAGGUGGCUGCUCUGUUGGAACGGGCACAGUCUACCUGCCAGGCUCGUGAAGCUGCCCGCCAACAGCUCUUAGACAGGGAGCUGAAGAAGAAGCCACCACCACGGCCCACAGCCCCCAAACCACUGCUGGCCCGAAGGGAGGAAGGGGAGACAGAGAUAGGAGACCCCCCUGAGGAGCUGCGCAGCCUGCCUCCUGACCUGGUGUCUGGCCCAAGACUACCUGACACUUUCCUGGGAACUGUGACCCCACUCCACUUUCCUCUUGGCCCAGGACCCCAUUACCUCUCAGGCCCCUUACCCCCUGGAGCCUACUCAGGCCCCAGCCAGAUGAUGCAGCCCAGGGCCCCAGGACCCCCCACAAUGUCCAUGGCACCUGGGUCGGCCCUCUACCCAGCCCCUGCCUACACACCAGAGUUGGGCCUUGUGCCCCGAUCUUCCCCCCAGCAUGGUGUGGUAAGCAGCCCCUAUGUGGGGGUAGGGCCACCUCCACCAGUUGCAGGUCUGCCCUCAGCCCCACCUUCUCAAUUCGCAGGCCCUGAGUUGGCUGUGGCAGUUCGGCCAGCCACCACCACAGUAGACAGUGUCCAGGCCCCCAUCUCCAGCCACACAGCACCACGGCCAAACCCCAGCCCUGCUCCUCCCCAGCCCUGCUUCCCAGUGCCUCCACCACAGCCCCUGCCCACGCCCUACUCCUACCCUAUAGGGACCAAGCAAUCUCUCACAGCGCCCCCAGCCCAGCGCCACUUCUCUCCUGGGAUUUCCACAGGUUUUCCAGUCCCAAGGAUAGGGCCCCAUCCCCAUCCUUCACGAGCAACACUUGGGUCUCAGGUCCCCCAACUCCAGCAUCCACACAUCUUCCCACCCCAGACCCCAGGUCUCUUACCCCCACAGCCUACUUACCCCUUUGCUCCUCAGCCUGGUGUCCUGGGGCAGCCGCCACCCCUGCACACCCAGCUCUACCCAGGCCCCUCCCAAGACCCUCUGCCCCCCCAUUCAGGAGCUCUGCCUUUCCCCAGCCCUGGGCCCCCUCAGCCUCCCCAUCCCACCUUGGCAUUUGGUACUGCUUCUUCUACCAGACCUCUGGGUCCCCAGAUAGCCCCUCUCUCCAUUCAAGGCCCCUCACCUGUUGGCCAACCCACCCCUAGUCCCCACCUGGUGCCUUCACCUGCCCCAUCACCAGGGCCUGGCCCAGUGCCCUCUCGGACCCCGGCAGCAGAGCCACCCCUGUGCUCACGCCGAGGUACUGCAGCUGCAGACCUACUCUCCUCUAGUCCUGAGAGCCAGCAUGGCAGCACACAACCUCCUGGGGGUGGGCAGCCCUUGCUGCAGCCUACCAAGGUGGAUGCAGCUGAGGGCCGUCGACCACAGGCCCUGCGGCUGAUUGAGCGGGACCCCUAUGAGCAUCCUGAGAGGUUGCGGCAGUUGCAGGAGGAGCUGGAGGUCUUUCGGGGCCAGCUUGGGGAUACAGGGACUCUGGACACCAUCUGGCGGGAAUUGCAAGAUGCACAGGAACAGGAUGCCCGAGCCCGUUCUAUCGCCAUAGCUCGCUGCUACUCCCUGAAGAACCGACACCAGGAUGUCAUGCCCUAUGACAGUAACCGUGUGGUUUUGCGCUCAGGCAAGGAUGACUACAUCAAUGCUAGCUGCGUGGAGGGGCUCUCUCCAUACUGCCCACCCUUAGUGGCCACUCAGGCACCACUGCCUGGCACCGCUGCUGACUUCUGGCUUAUGGUACAUGAGCAGAAAGUGUCAGUCAUUGUCAUGCUGGUGUCUGAGGCUGAAAUGGAGAAGCAAAAGGUAGCACGCUACUUCCCCACUGAGAGGGGCCAGCCCAUGGUGCAUGGUGCCCUGAGCCUGGCCCUGAGCAGCGUCCGAACCACCGAAACCCACGUGGAGCGUGUACUGAGCCUGCAGUUCCGAGACCAGAGCCUCAAGCGCUCUCUUGUGCAUCUCCACUUUACCACUUGGCCUGAGUUAGGCCUGCCUGACAGCCCCAGCAACUUGUUGCGCUUCAUCCAGGAGGUACACGCGCAUUACCUGCACCAGCGGCCCCUGCACACACCCAUCGUUGUGCACUGCAGCUCUGGUGUGGGCCGCACAGGGGCCUUUGCGUUGCUCUACGCUGCUGUGCAGGAGGUGGAGGCAGGGAAUGGGAUCCCUGAGCUGCCUCAGCUGGUGCGGCGCAUGCGGCAGCAGAGGAAGCACAUGCUGCAAGAGAAACUGCACCUCAGGUUCUGCCAUGAGGCUGUGGUGAGACAUGUGGAGCAGGUCCUGCAGCGCCAUGGUGUGCCCCCUCCAUGCAAGCCCUUGACCAGCACAAGCCUCAGCCAGAAGAAUCAUCUUCCUCAGGACUCCCAGGACCUCGUCCUUGGUGGGGAUGUGCCUAUUAGCUCCAUCCAGGCCACCAUUGCUAAGCUUAGCAUCCGGCCUCCUGGGGGCUUGGAUUCUCCUGCUGCCAGCCAGCCAGGCCCCAUAGAGCCCCAAGGCCUGCCGCCAGCCAGCCUCCCAGAGCCUACCCCAGUCCCAUCUUCCUCCCCACCUCCUCUUGCCUCACCCCUGCCUGAGGUCCCCCAGCCAGAGGAAGAGCAGCCAGUGCCUGAAGCCCCCAACUUGGGGCCCCCCUCCUCCUCCCUGGAGCUGCUGGCCUCCUUGACCCCAGAGGCCUUCUCCCUGGACAGUUCCUUGCGGGGAAAGCAGCGGAUGAGCAAGCAGAAUUUUCUGCAGGCUCAUAAUGGGCAGGGUUUGAGGGCUGCCCGGCCCACUGAUGACCCCCUUAGCCUUCUGGAUCCACUCUGGACACUCAACAAGACCUGAACAGGCUUUGCCUGCCUAUUCCUUAUACUACAUCAUCUCUGCUCACCUGCUCUUGCCCAGCAGUGCCUCUCUGGAUAGGCACUCUCUUACUCCCGUUCCCCCUGCCUGGCCCAGCCCAAACCCCUGUGGGGUUGGAGAUGCACUAUGGACCUUGGGUCAGGGUGCCCUCCUUUGUGGGACCUGGUAUUUUUCAGCUCUUUGCUAUUGAAAUAAUAAACCAACCUGUUCUAUGGCCAGU